AUGUUUGAAUUAUUACGAAGAAGUAUGAAAUGUCAUGAAGUGUAUGAAAAACAGAGUAAAUUCAGUGAAGAAGAAGAGUAUAUGCAUAGCGAUCAAGAAAAAAGUGAUAUUGUUCUAUUACAAAAACAGCUUUUUCGAUCGGAAGUUUUAUUUGCUAUUAUCAUUCCUAGUAGCGAGUGGUUGUACGCAAGAUCGUCUUUUUUUAGUGACAUCACAAUUAAACUAAACGAGAUGGAUAUAGAAGGACUGAAUAUGCUUGUUUGGGCACCUGAUGAUAAAGACGGAUUCGUUUUAUGCAAAAUUGUUGACAUCGGUUGCGAAUGGGUAACAUUACAACGACUGCAUGAAACGAAAACUGAAACGUUCCAAGCUUUUUACGAUAAUAUUUUCCCUGCCGGAGAAGAUAUCAGUCGAGAUGUCGAUGAUAACUGUUCAUUGAUUUACCUAAACGAUGGUUCCCUUUUGAAUAACUGUCGUUUGCGCUAUAAUCGCAAACAAUUUUACACUUACGUGGCUAAUAUACUGAUUGCGAUCAAUCCGUACGAGCAAAUUUCUUCUUUAUACGAUAUCGAAAUGGUGCACAAAUACAAAGGGAAGUCGUUAGGAACUUUACCUCCACAUAUAUAUGCCAUUGCUGAUAAAGCUUAUCGUGACAUGAUUAGUAAUCAUGAAUCACAAUCGGUCAUAAUAUCGGGAGAAUCCGGAGCAGGUAAAACUGAAUCUCAAAAGUAUAUAAUCCGAUUUUUAUGCGAAUCUUGGGGCCAUUUUGUGGGAACAAUUGAGCAACGCAUUUUAGAAAUAAGUACAAUUUUGGAAUCAUUUGGAAAUGCAAAAACAUCAUGCAACAAUAACAGCAGUAGAUUUGGCAAAUUUGUUGAAAUACAUUUCAAUAAAAAGGGCAUUAUUGUGGGUGGCUUUGUUUCACAUUACUUAUUAGAACGUUCACGCCUUUGUGGACAAAAUGCAUGCGAAAGGAAUUAUCAUAUAUUUUAUCAAUUGAUUGCUGGUGCUGAUGAUCGAAUGGCAAAUAAACUGAAAUUAAAUAAAUUGGAAAAUUUCAAUUAUCUUAAUAAAGGAUGUAUACAAUUCUUUUUGAACAAAGAAAAUUCGAGUAAAAUAGUACCAGGAAGAAAAAAUUAUGAUUUGGAUGACAUGCGAGAUGAUUUGAUUGACGAUUACAACGAUUUCCAAAGACUGCUGGGUGCAUUCAGUCACAUAAAUGUCUCAGAAGACAUUCGAGACGAAGUGUUCGAAAUAGUUGCCGCAGUUUUACAUCUCGGAAAUAUUGAAUUUUUAGAUGAAACAAUUGAUUACAAAAGUGGUUGUAAACUUACAAAAGGAAGCGAGAUAUAUUUGGUUAAUACAGCUGAAUUACUUGGUAUUGAAGUGAUCGAUCUGAGAAAGCAUCUUGUAACUCGAUUGAUGCAACCCACUAGAAGUGGAACUAAAGGGACACUUUAUGCAGUACCAUUGCGCGCUAGCGAAGCAAGUGCCGCCCGUGAUGCUCUCGCCAAAGCCAUCUACAGCAAUUUAUUUACUGCAAUCGUUAACAAAAUCGCGGAAUGCAUGCCAUUCCAUGAAAGUGCCUUUUCAAUCGGCGUAUUAGAUACAGCUGGUUUCGAAUCAUUGGAUGUAAAUUCUUACGAGCAAUUUUGCAUAAACUAUUGUAAUGAAAAGUUGCAAAAUUUUUUCAAUGAGCGAAUUUUGAUGGAUGAGCAAAAUUUAUACUGCAAAGAGCAAUUGCACUGUGAUACUAUUGAAUUCAAUGAUAACAAAGAUUGCAUUGAAUUAUUUGAACAAAAGGUAUACGGCAUCUUUGAAUUAUUAGACAAUGAAUCACGUUUGCCACGUUCCUCAACGCAACAUUUCACGAGAGCAGUGCAUGAAGCCCAUAUUUGUCAUCCUUGUCUAAUGGUACCGCAGUCAUCACGUCGUCAUCGGACGAUGCGUGACGAUGAAGGUUUUAUCAUUUGCCAUUAUGCGGCUGAUGUUUGUUACGAUACCGCUCAGUUCCUUAAUAAGAAUAAUGAUACUUUACAUGCAUCACUGCAGUGUCUCAUGCAGCAGAGCAGGAAAAGCUUAGUGUAUGAACUGUUUGCUGAUAACAAAUUUUCAAACACUGACAGAAGAGAUGUAUCGCAGAGCAAAUUGGUGAAUGCUUCGGUUGGAAACAAAUUUCGCUCACAACUUGAUAUUUUGCUAUCGAAACUACGUGAAACGGGAACCCAUUUUGUACGAUGCAUCAAGCCGAAUUCAGAAAUGAAAUCUAAUCAAUUUGAUGGUGCACAAAUUUUAUUACAACUGAAGUGCUCUGGAAUGUCUAGCGCGCUAAAAGUUAUGCAGCGAGGAUUUCCAUCAAGAAUAUCUUACCUCUCACUAUAUAAUAUAUAUCAAAAACAUUUACCAAGCAGACUUAUGACGCUCGAUGCUCAAUUACUUUGCAAGUGCCUAUUUCGAGUAGUUGGCUUGGAAGAGAAAGAUUACAAAUUUGGUCUCACCAAAGCAUUUUUCCGACACGGAAAAUUUGUUGAGUUUGACAAGAUACUACAUCUAAGUAAAGAAAGUAUUGAAAACUUGAUUGAACGUAUGUCGUCUUGGUUGUAUCGCUUUCGAUUCCGAAGAACACAGUUUGCAGUUAUAUGCUUAGUCAAAGUAGAAAGAUUGUUGACAUACAGGGCAAAGUGCCGCAUCAAAAUUCAGAGCGCUGUUCGUACUUAUAUAUUGCAAAAGUUAUAUCGGCCAAGGAUAAAUGCUUUAUCAACCUUAUCGGCGUUGUUAGAAAGCAUAAAUGGUGUGUAUCCUUUAAUUAAUAAACUGAGCGAAACGGAUUUAUGCAAAUGGACAACUUUUAUUCAUAUCACAUCUUCAACUGAUAAAGAAAUACUCCGUCAAUGUGAUGCAUUGGUGAACGAUGCGAAAGAAAAGUUAAAAUGUUUGAGACAACAAGUUGCUACUGGUGGGCUAUUGGAAUUGCAGGUGGAGUGUGAAAAUUUUGAAGUGGAACAACAAAGUCAACUUAAAAAUGAGUUCAACCGGCAAAUUAAAGAGGAGGCACAAGGAACUCAACAGAUGACAAAGAGUUUAGAUAAAUCAUUGGAACGUAAAGUUAUUAUGACUACCAAGGAAAAGGGUCAACUGCUAGAAAAUAGCCAUAUUAUUCAAUUAUGUGAUUUGUCCAAAUGGUAUUAUAUUGAUAUCAGAAAUGGUAUCAAUUCCAGUGAUCCGAAACUGUCAUCAGCAUGCAGAAAUGAAUAUUACCGUCGUACGAGAGCUUAUAGUGAAUGGAAAGAGAGAAAUUUGGCCUUCAAAGAGUUAACCUACAUGACAGAAAAAAGUGGAAACAAAGAAGAUGAAGAUCAUGAGAUCGCAUCAGAUCGAUAUUUUCGAAUUGUUGCUUCUCGCCUUACAAAUCGAGAAAAGAAUUUAUUUGGGAUUAUGGGGAAAAGUCAUUUUACAGUUUGGUAUGGUCAUUUCAAGAAUGAGUUCAUUUACCGUCAAAUAGAAAUUUCGCCCAAAAAGUCUCCAAUUUUAAAUGUGGCCGGACAAAAUAAUAAAAAUAUGUGCAAAUUAUCGUUGAAAAAGACGACUUUAAGUAAACGUAAAGGUGUCGAAAUCAGCGCUGCACGUUUCGAUCGAAUAUGGAUGGGAAACGGCGGCGAUCCACAUUUAUGUUCCUCUGAAAUUAUAUGA